GGUGUUUGUCUCCUCGUGUUUCUGGGCGGGGAAGUCUUGGACUAUAUCCAUGUCGCUGCCCACCUCGGUCACCGCUUUUCGCGGCCAGUCUGCGCAGAUGACAGACUGAGCUUCCUUCCCCCGGCUCCCGGGGCUUUGUGAGGGGACGGAGGAGGGAAGGGGACCUGGGGGUGCUGGCGGCUGCCCUUUCAGUCGCCGAGAGCCAGCCCCACAGCCCCAGUCCUUUCAAGUGAGCAUCCCCUCCCGGGAUAAGACACCGUCUCGACCGGGGGAGGCGGGGCUGGGGGGACGACACAGCUCUCCCGGCCACUUCCUUCCCUCCCUCCUCGGGCCUCCCCCAGCCAUCCCGGAGCCCGGCCCUGCUGGGCUUCCAGCCGGACCCUCACGCCCAAAGCAGAUGCGCAUUUGGAGGAGGGACUUUGGCUAGGGAUGGGAUUUAACCAACUCCUUGGGGACCUUGAUUCCCAGGGAAGAAUGGCAGUGACCCAGCACGGAUUGGGGACACAGUCAGGCAGCCCAGAAAGAGGGAGAUUAUACAAACAGAUGUAAAGACCCACUAACCACAUGUGUCAACCUGUCUACAAGGCUGGGACAGGAUAUGAGGUGCGAAGAAUCCCGUUUCAACCAAGUGGUGUAUCAAAAAAAGAUGCCAUCUCAAUAUUGGUUUAUGUUUAUUUUCCACUGACCCUAUGGGUGAAGAGAUCCUUUACCGUUACUUCACCUGGAUAUGUUACAGCUCAUCCCAUGUUAUAUCUCCAGGUUAAGAGAUAUGGAAAUCUCCAUGAGGAUUUGGAGAAGAGUCCCAUUAGUUAUUAAAAUUCUGGACUAGCUCUAUUAGGAAAGGUAGAUGGACUAUAAGGCACUUGCCCAUCAAACUGCUCAAGAAAUUUUAGGUUACAAUCAAGAUAAAUCAGGCUGGAAAGUGGUUAAAAUUUCAAAAAAGAUAACCGUUUCCAAGAAGGCUUCUAAAAAAUUCCCGGGAAAUCUAUAUCGUGUUGAAGGAAUAAUUCCAGAAUCAACAUCUAAACUAUCUGAUUUCCUCUACAAACCUGAAAACAGAGUUACAUGGGAUAAAUCGUUGAAAGUGUAUAAUAUGGUACACAAGAUUGAUUCGGACACAUUCAUAUGUCAUACCAUUACACAAAGUUUUGCCAUGGGCUCAAUUUCCCCCCGAGAGUUUAUCGACUUAGUGUACUUCAAGCGCUGUGAAGGGAAUAUGGACAUUAUCGGUUCCAAUAGUGUGGAUUUUCCAGCGUAUCCUCCAUCUUCAAAUUACAUCCGUGGUUAUAACCAUGCUUGUGGCUAUAUAUGUUCACCUCUGCAAGAGAACCCAGCACAUUCCAAACUAGUGAUGUUUAUCCAGACAGAAAUGAGAGGAAAAUUGUCCCCAUCAAUAAUUGAAGCAACCAUGCCUUCCAACUUAGUGAGCUUCAUCCUCAAUGCAAAAGAUGGAAUAAAGACACACAAAACUCCAUCAGGAUGUGGACGUCAUCAUAAUGGGCAUUCAUCAUUCCUAAGGAAGAAAUGAGGCCAUUUACAAUGAGGCCAUAUAAAGUCAUGUGUGGCAGUUUACUUCUAAGUCAAUACGCAUAAACACUGUUGAACUAUUCUAGACGGUAUUCUUGUACAAAUUACUGAAGGUACUUUGUGAAAAUGAGAACUUGUAAAAGAG